UGAGGUGCUACAGCGAUGAGGGUGCUUUUCUUAUUGUGCGUCUUAUAUGCCACAGCUGCUAAGAGAAACGUUGCUGACAAGUUAGAUCGCUACAUAGUAUCAUGUAGAACAACAGACUUUGAAUGCUUCCGACGGCAAUACAGAGAACUCCGAGACAAUGUGCUCAUGGGCAACGAUCUGCUUAACAUACCAACCUAUGAGCCAUAUACCUUCAAAUAUGGAGACAGCGGCACUUGUAUAAAAUUGAUGGGAUUAGAAGAUAGUGAGCUCACCGGAUAUCAGUUAGACAGUAUCAGCAAGGAGUUAAUCUGGACGAUACAGCUCCCUUUCAGAAUCCAACAGGUCAUGAAUGACACGGUUGUCUGUACCAAACCCGACAAUGCUCUCGCCGCCGAGCCACAUACCGGGCCUUUGAAAAAAUUUUUGGGAAAUGCAACGAUCCAAGUGACGUAUCCUUAUCGACUGAAAAAGAAGAAAGGCGAACUGAUGAUGUCGCUGCAAGAUGAAAAUCUGGACGUUAUCCUAGAUAUACCAGAUCUCAGCCAUUAUAAUAGCAGCAGUGGAUUUGAACGCAAUCUGUACGAGAUGUCGGAAUGGGCAUAUAGCGUGGUGCAGCAUAUCGAUGCAGCGCAACACUUUGCGCUACCCUACACGUCCCAGACGAGGACUCUCAUGGAAUUCAUACCAUUGAAUAAGUUCAUCCUUCUAUAUCCGGAAGAAGAAUACGUGGACCUACAAUUCAAAUUCGUUGACUCUCAAUCAAACUCUAACAAUAAGUGUUAUUAAGUGAUUGCAUAGCAUUGACCUUGUCAAAAACUCGUCUCAUUUCUUACCUUACGUACCAUUUUAACUGAUGGAGAAGCUGGGAAAAAGUGUUCCUAGUGGCUCAACUGGUAAAAUGGCUACUUACUGACCACAAUCUUAGUUAGUUACAAAAACGGAAUAAUUAUGAUGUUCCGUACUAUCAAAGUUCUCUAAAUUGGUCUGCAUCAUACACCUGGGAAGAUUGUAAACGUACUCUAACGCAUAUGAAUAAACUUAAAAAAAACGCAAUUGCAACUUUCGGUUAUAAGUACCACAGAAAAUUAAACGUUGGCAUGUU